AUGCUCAUUAUUGGCGUGCAUGCAAUCUUCGGAGCCUUUCUUAUUGGAAUCAUUUGUCCCCAUGGUAUUUUUGCUAUUAAACUUCAAGAGAAGAUCGAAGACCUUGUCUCAGUCUUAUUGUUGCCCCUGUAUUUUGCUCUGUCUGGCCUAAACACAAAUCUAGGCCUUCUGGAUAGUGGAGUUGUCUGGGGCUAUGUGAUCGGUGUAUGCGCUAUCGCGCUGAUUGGGAAAAUCGUAGGAGGAACUGUUGCGGCUCGAUUGAAUGGGCUUGUGUGGCGCGAAUCGCUCGCCAUCGGCUGCUUAAUGUCGUGUAAAGGGUUAGUCGAGUUGAUUGUUUUGAACAUCGGCUUCCAGGCACGCAUUCUUAGUCAACGAACGUUUACGAUUUUUGUCGUGAUGGCCCUCAUCACUACGUUCACAACGACACCGCUUGUCCUUUGGAUAUACCCACCAUGGUAUCGAACUAAACUUCAACUUUGGAGAGACGGGAAGCUUGACUGGAGCGGAGACAGUACUAAUCAAAGCGAGGAACCAGUGAGGCAAAGAAACCCAACCACCACCCCGGGUGGCGAUAUUGCUCAAAAGGUGCUGUUUUAUCUUCGUCUAGACAGUCUCUCAUCGAUCUUUACCUUGACUAGUCUGUUAGCUCGCAAAGACCAUGCUAGCUCGUCACCCGAAAUAGUCGCCUUUCCAUUACUCACGAAGGAGAGAUCACACACUGGCACGGCGGAUCAAGAGCACAUGAGCAAAGAUAAAACGGCAUUUUCAAGACAUCGACCACUAGAGAUCUGCGGGUUACGUCUCAUGGAGCUCAGUGAGCGAGACUCCUCUGUCAUGAAAGUUUGCGAGAGUGGGGAGUUUGCUGCUCGAGACCCCGUCAUCAAAGCCUUUACCACCUUCGGACAUUCUCAGGAUACUGGUGUUGCUAUCAAUGGUCAACUCUCAGUGGUUCCGUUGCAUACCUUCAGCGACGAGAUCAUUGCACAUGCCCAAAAUUCUGGGUCCGAAUUUAUCUUCCUCCCCUGGUCUGAGACAGGCACAAUGGACGAGUAUACCCAGCCAUUGGAUUCUGUCAUUCCAGCUCCCUCAGCAAAUACCCAAUUCAGCGACCUUGCUAAGGAUGUUUUCUACAAAGCGAGUCGAAUUUGUAAUGUUGGUGUUUUGCUCAAUUGGAAUGUUUCGUCUCCAAGUCACCGUCCUGGGAUUCACAACCACACUAUGAUUGCGCCAAAUCCUGGCGAGUUUGGAACUCAGCAAAGCGACCGAAAUUCACGCCCAGGUUCGCCCAGUCGUGGGAAGUAUCGCAUUAUUGUUCCUUUCAUGGGAACCAAGGACGGAAUUUGCGCGGUGAGACUCGGAUUUCAACUUGCUGAGAAUCACUUCGUCGAGUUGGAAGUCUUGGACCUUCGUUCUCACGGCAAGGUGCAACUUGUAGACUCGAAUUCCACAGUAAACGCUGAAUUUGAAGCUAUCAAGGCUAACAUUCACUCGAGCCUGGCGGACAGAGUCUCAUUUGUCGAGGACUCCAAGUCUCUUUUAUCCUUGGACAAUAAUGUCAUAAGCAGGCUACAUCCACGAUGCCCGUGGGAGAUAAUUGCCAUAGUCGGGCGGGAUCUAACAUCUCAUGGUUCCACUGGUGACCUGUCAGCGGCCGAAGCAAACCUCAAGAAUGAGCCAGGGGUUUUGGGGUGGCUCGCCACUAAGCUGCUUGCACAUGUGAUUGAGGAUCAUUCCUCAACCGCUUUGUUAGUAGUACAGGCUACAGGAGAGCCUGACCAUGAUGAUCCCAAGGCCAGGAGGAAAAGCGCGUCUGCCCACUUUGGAGAAGCUAUUACGGAAGCAGGUCAUCGUCUUAGUUGGGUCCGAUGA